CUGUACCGUCUCUUCACGUCUGCUUGCGUCUACAGUGUACAUUUGACAAUGGCGAAUGUUUUCUUUUCACCUCGCGCGUACUGCAAAAUUAUUCUACACGCAGCGAAGUAUCCACAUUGUGCAAUAAAUGGCUUACUGCUCGGUAAACAAAAGACCAAGGAUGGCAGAGCGGAUUUGUACAUCGAGGACGCGAUACCUUUAUUCCACAUAUGUCUACAUGUUUCCCCAAUGGCGGAAAUAGCGCUUACCUUGGUGGACCAGUUAGCUGUAAGCAAAGGCCUUAUACUAGCGGGUUAUUAUCUAGCCAAUGAGAACAUUAACGAUUUAAGUACAGACAGACCAGCCCACAGAAUAGCAGAUAAGAUCGCAGAGAACUUUAAUAAUGCACUACUUGUUGUUGUGGAUAAUCGAGAAGUCACUUUAAGUAUGCAAUCUAGUCCACUGAGAAUUUCACAAUCUAUCGAUGGAAAGUGGAAACCAAAGGAUAAGGCAAAUAUAAUUUAUGAAAGAGACGUCGCAUACACAGACGUGAUGUAUUCGUUGCUGAAAGAGGAGCAGUACAGAAGUUUGGUUGAUUUUGACAACCAUCUGGAUAACAUCAGACUUGACUGGCAAAAUCAGAAACUUAAUGAAGUUAUUGAGGAGGCCGUCGAUAACUACAAAUAAAAAGAGACAGUACAAGCAUUCCACAAGAACAACAACAACACGAAGAUUGUUUAUUUACAUGUUACGUUGCACUCUAUGUGUAUUUCCUUCACCGUAGGCAAAGUAACAAAUGUACAUACGUUAUGAACUUUAUAAACACCUAUCGUCUGUUUCUAAUUUUCCAGAAUUUUGCUUCUGCAGUUUCCACUUUCUCACGAUUAAACUUUAGAUUGUUAUCUUCAGUAAACAAGAUGCUCAAAUUCCGCAA